AUGUGGGUCCGGGAUCUGUCAGUAAUGAGUGCCGAAUAUGGCGAUAACAGAUGGAGCCACCUUGGUUCGAUGCCGGGUGAUUUUGAACGAGGGACGACCCUUCGAGCCCAGACCACAAUUGUACAGCGAAGAGGGAUGCUCAUUUUAUUGCAGCCUACGUCGGAAAAUGAGGGGCUCUAUCGAUGCUUGGAUAUGGCCUCCAGGAAUGCAAUGCAUUUUGUGUAUUAUCUAAUUGCGAUGGAGCCACCGUUUGUAUAUCUCAAGUGA